GAUUCUCAUUUCGGUUCGAGAGACGAAGCGGCUCUUCCUCGCUGCUCUCUCCCUCCAUCUUCCUCCUCCUUUUCCUCCUCCUCCUCCUCCUCUUCCUCAGACGGUCGGUCCGACUCCUCGCCUUCGCCGCCUCCAUCAUCAUCCUCGGAGCCAGUCGACCCCUGACCCUCACCAUGGCAACGGUCAUCAGCACGCGCUUCUCCGAUGAGUAUCAGCUGUACGAGGAGCUGGGGAAGGGAGCGUUCUCCGUGGUGCGGCGCUGUGUGAAGGUUCUAUCGGGUCAGGAAUAUGCUGCCAAGAUCAUCAACACCAAGAAGCUGUCUGCUAGAGAUCACCAGAAGUUGGACCGAGAAGCUCGGAUCUGUCGGCUGCUGAAGCAUCCCAACAUCGUUCGGCUUCAUGACAGCAUCUCAGAGGAGGCGCACCAUUACCUCAUCUUCGACCUGGUUACAGGUGGAGAGCUAUUUGAAGACAUCGUAGCAAGAGAAUAUUACAGUGAAGCCGAUGCCAGCCACUGCAUCCAGCAGAUCCUGGAGGCGGUGCUUCACUGUCAUCAGAUGGGCGUGGUCCACCGAGAUCUUAAGCCAGAGAACCUGCUGCUGGCCUCCAAGUCUAAAGGAGCGGCGGUGAAACUGGCUGACUUCGGCCUCGCCAUCGAGGUGGAGGGCGACCAGCAGGCCUGGUUUGGCUUUGCGGGAACUCCAGGCUACCUGUCUCCAGAGGUCCUGAGGAAGGACCCAUACGGGAAGGCGGUGGACCUCUGGGCCUGCGGCGUGAUCCUCUACAUCCUGCUGGUGGGCUACCCUCCGUUCUGGGACGAAGACCAGCACCGCCUCUACCAGCAGAUCAAAGCCGGAGCCUACGACUUUCCUUCCCCGGAGUGGGACACGGUGACACCCGAAGCCAAAGACCUGAUCAACAAGAUGCUGACCAUCAACCCGGCCAAACGCAUCACCGCCGCUGAGGCGCUCAAACACCCCUGGAUCUCUCACCGCUCCACCGUGGCUUCCUGUAUGCAUCGCCAAGAGACGGUUGAAUGUUUGAAGAAAUUCAACGCCAGGAGGAAGCUGAAGGGGGCCAUCCUGACCACCAUGCUGGCCACCAGGAACUUCUCCGGAGGAAAGAGCGGCAGCAACAAGAAGGCCGACGGAGUCAAGGAGUCGUCUGAGAGCACCAACACCACCAUCGAGGACGAAGACACCAGAGUGAGGAAACAGGACAUCAUUAAAGUGACGGAGCAGCUCAUCGAGGCCAUCAGUAAUGGAGACUUUGAGAGCUACACGAAGAUGUGCGACCCGGCGGUGACGGCGUUCGAACCCGAGGCUUUGGGGAACCUGGUCGAAGGCUUGGACUUCCACCGCUUUUAUUUUGAAAACUUAUGGUCCAAGAACAACAAGCCGGUGCACACCACCAUCCUGAACCCCCACAUCCACCUGGUGGGCGACGAGGCAGCCUGCAUCGCCUACAUCCGGGUCACGCAGUACAUCGACUCCAACGGCACGCCGCGCACAGCCCAAUCAGAGGAGACCAGGGUGUGGCACCGCCGGGACGGGAAAUGGCAAAUCGUCCACUUCCACCGCUCAGGAUCGCCCUCCACCCUCAGCAACUAAUGUCCUCCUCCAGAGUGGGCGGGGCUCUAAUGGGGCUGCUGUCGCCUUGACAACGGGAUGAUUGACAGCAGGCCAGUUGUUGUCUGACACCAACCAUUCAGGAUUUUCUUUGAGACGUUGGAGGAGGAGGCUGCGGGGUCAGAAAGCUUCAGUCAUCCAGCAGUGAAUCCCAUCACCAAUUAACCAAUCAGUCAUCCAACCAAUCACACGGCUUUGUAACCGAACAAUCAUCUUGCUCCGUGCAGUGGGUAGGAAACCUUGUAUCUCCAGAUGUAUGCACACAGCGCCCCCUUGUGGUCAGAAGCUCUCAUUGAUUAAAGUGUGUGGUUAGCUCUGACCUCUUUGAUGCUACUGAGCAUGUGCAGAAAGCUCUGCGCUUUCAUCAUCAUGUCAGACGUUUAUUAUCAACUAAUCUGAAUCUGAAAAUCAUCAGAACCAAUCACAUUGAUCCCAAGGAGCCUGAAGUAGUCUGAGAUACAAGGUUUCCCCCUGCUGGUCACUUUUGAUAUCUGCAGUAAUAAAUAAGAUUUAGUUUAUUGUCAUCUUUAGACUUAAAAUAUAAAUAAGUUGUAAUAUUGAUUAUCUGCUGAUUGCAGAGUUUAUUAUAACAUCUCAUUUACACACACACAUACACACACACACACACACAUAUACACAUCUCUACCUGACAUGCACACUGCACCCUCUGGGGUUCAGAGAGUGACAGAAACUUCCUCCACUUUCGAUCUUCCACUAACACCACCCACCUAGGAGGGCUUAACGAGCUAGCUUAACGAGCUAGUUUAACGAGCUAGCUUAGCGAGCUAUCUGCUGCCUGCUCCUCCUCCACGGCUCUUUCAGCUGGAGGAAAUUUAUCGUUCUGGUUGAAAAGUUUUUCAUCUAGAAACAGGAAGAGGAAGUGACCUCAGGUCUGUGGACUUGAUGUCUGUAAGACUCGUUCUGCUGGGAGAUUCUAG